AUGAUAAAAUUAUUUUGUAUAUCAGCAAUAUUGUUUAUAUUCAUUUUUUCACUUGGUGAAAGUACAUUGAUUAGACCAAAUUUUUAUUAUAGAAUUGAUUGGGAAAACAUAAAUUGUAUUAGAGCUCCAUGUCCACAAUAUUCAGCACAAAAAGUCAAUACAAAUGAAAAUUCAACUGCAAUUUUAAGUUUCAUUUACCCAGAUGGCUAUAAUAAAUCAUACCUUUUUUCUGAAGAGGCCAGAUCUCUCAUUAUUUUUGGUUCUAUCCAACCAAACCCAAAUUUCCCAACUGAAGCAAAAGAUUUAAAAGUUGUAAGAGUUUAUAAAUCAUUACCAUUAGGUAACCCAGCAUCAGCAACUGAUAAAUAUUAUAUUUUUGGUGAUAAUGGUGUCAGAUGUGUCACUACCCCAUGUGCAUCAACAGAUGCAGUUUUAUUGAAUAUCCGUACUAAACAAACUGUUAGUGAUAUACUCAUGCCAUAUUCAAAGAACGUUGGUAAAUAUUUUGAUUCUGCAUGGUUAGGAUCUAAAACAGUUAGAUCAGAUGACUAUGGUUUAAUCGGUCAAGGUACAUUCAGUAGUGGAAAAAUUACAAUAUCAAAUGCUUUCAUUCAUUUACCAGAUCCAAUUGGUAAAUGUGAUUCAUUGCCAUUAUUAAAAUGUCCAGGUGGUUCGAUUAUGACAUACUCUCGUAAUGAAAAUCGUUGUUUAGCUUCUCCAACUUGCACUCAAUCUUCAUUCUGUACCUUGGGUAUGCCACUUUGUCCAGCAGGUUAUCGUUUAGAUCAAUUCAGAGCAACUGAAGCAAAUGGAUGUCCAAAAUAUUAUUGUGAUCCAACCUUUGUUUGUAAAACACAUUAA